CACGGGCCGGAUAUACACAAAGUUCACUAAGCAACCCAAGCCCAAUCGACUCCGACCCCGGCAACACAUUCUCUUCCCCCCUGCCGGCAUUGGCCUUCGAUGGCUUCCAAGUACCUUCUAAAACACAUUCCUUUUUGUUUCCUGGGCCAACGCCCGGGGUUAUGCGCACUAGCAAGACAAGACGAGUCACGGAACUUUUCAACUGGCCCCGGAGCUGACCAGGUCCGCUGGCCCGCCUGGUGGAUUGUCGCGAUCGUCGUCCCCUGAUAUCCCUGCUGGGCAAUCUGCGGCCUUCUCUGGACCUUGGCCAGUCAGGGCAACCGAGUACAUACUUAAGACAACUGGCCGGCUCCUCCGCCCUGGGGACCAGGAGGAUGCCGAUACGCCCUCUUGAUAUUAGCGUCUCCCCCUCAAUCUCCCACAAUGGCCCAGUAGCCCGGCUUUGCCAUAUUGCACUAGCCCAUUCCGACUUACUGCUACCCCAACAUCUAGCUGCCAUCCUAGUUGGGCUGCACAGUUUCCCAAGACGUGCCGGAAACGACCCCGGACUAUCUUUCAAGAGCCGAGCGUUUGACGAUAUAAGACAGCAGGACCCUGCAGCUGACAUCGUGGAGCAACAAGCGAACGAGCUGCCGGUUCUUUCACGUUCGAUGGUCGAGGCCGUGUUGCUUGGCCACCAAUACCUGGUCGCGCUACUCUUUAUAAGCCCCGGCACAUUGUACAUGUACAACAACCAGGUCUCACUUCGUCCCGGAGAAGUGGCGAAAACAACGAUCGUCGCCCCAGGAUACCCACGUGUGACACCGCCUCCUGACCAACAGUUGUGGCUCAGUACUAUCCGUGGCCAGAACUCGACGUGGCUUCCUGCAGGCGCAACGAGACAACUGAUCGGCUGUUCCUUCAUUCACAAGCGGAGCCUGUUGGAGCAGCCUCGGAGUACCACUGCUGUAGAUCCAGGGCCCGGCGCAGCUAAUCUGUCCCCGGGGCUGCGCCGUCGAAGUCUAAUCAGGCUAGCGCGCGGUUCAGUCUUCCCCGGUGAGGCGUCUUCUUACAGGACCCGGCUGCUGGAUUCGUGUCAGUGGCUGCUUGAUUCUCGCAGCCCAUCCUGACCGAGCCACAACCUGUUCCUCUGUGGAUCACUCCCAGAUGUCUGCGGCGGUCGACUUCGCUCACCAUAACUUUGGCCGUCAUACCCAGUUAGA